CGACGGUUUGGCUCAAAAUGGCUGGAGAGAAACAGUUAUGAGGAUCGACGGUUUUACCAGGUUUUUAAGAAAAAUGAGCCCGUCUCUAGUUUGAAGGCGCUCCCUCCACAUAACUGGGGAUCCAGGGGCCGCGUGGAGAGGGGCGGACAGGACCACAACGUGGGCAACACCCAGAAAGAGGAGGAGGAGGCGGAGGCGGAGGUGGAGGAGGAGGAGGAGGCGGAGUGAGGGGAGUGGCCAAGGAGGAAGGAGUCAUCCAGUCGUUGGUAGCGAGUGAGUCCAGCCCAUCCGAUGAAGAGCCUUCAGUUCCGGAGCAUUGCCCCCAAGGCCCCGGCAGUUGUGCCCUCCCCCUCCCCUGCAGUCCUGUCCUGCCAGCCUCCGUCCGCCCUCCCCGAGGCCACCACCGCCUCCAGCCCAAAGUCCAUCAUCGUGCCCACCCAAAACUAUGCACUGAUGCAAAUAGCAGGUCAAGAUGGCACAUUCUCCCUGGUGGCGCUGCCCCCUUCUGUCGCAUCUCAGACACCACAGCAAACCCAGUCGAUCCAGAAGAACCUCAAGUUGCCCAUUCCCAGAUACCAGCCAGUGAGGAGCAAGGGGACCCAGGAUAAGGUCAAAUCUCCACCAACACCUACCAGGGUGAAAACCGCCUCAAACGUUUCUGUGGCAGUACAGACCAAGUCAGUGGAGACUGGAGGAUCAACCGCAAUGAAGAAAGAGACCAAGCACACAAAGGAAACUCUGGUUCCCAAAGAGGAGCCCUCAGAGCAAGUCAUUUUCAUUGAUUCAGCCUCCUCUGACAUUUCUGUCACCGCUCUUCUGCCAGACAAUGCUGUCCUCUACCCAGGUUCUCAGUUGGAACGAGUGCCAGAUGGCUCUGAACGACCUACAGCUACUGGUCUUAUUCAGAGUCUCCAGUACCCUACUACUGCUGUCAAAACCUCGCCGGGGAAAUCCACAGAGGAAAGGAAGACUACAGUGAGGAUGUGUCAAUCUAAGCCAGCUGCUGCCCAGCCCCAGAGCAGUAUCACAGUCUUGUCCCCAGCUAUCUUCAGUAAAGCGGUCCAGAUUAUCCCAUCCCCUCCCAAGGGUAAACUGCCUAUCUUGCCCUACUCUAAAAUGAAGAGCAGUCUCAUCCCACCUGCCAAGCUCAACAAUUUAUCCCCAGAGAAGAAAACCUUCUCUUCCCAGACGGGACUUAAAAACCCCGUAGAUGCUACAUCCAAGACCUCUGAAACACCUGAAGCCUUGAGUCACAACCACGUGCCAAACUCCACUACGCAGUUGCAGGCCAAGAACAUACACAUGCCUGUUGUGGCAACCCUACAGAAACCACCUGGCAAGAAGAGAGGAAGAAAGAGAAAGACAAUGGAAGACAUUUUAGCUUUUGAGGCUCGCAAGAAGAGGUCAUUGUCUUUCUUUCGCAGAAGGGUUCCUGAUAAAUCUCCAGCAGUUGUUCCGAGUUCCAAACAAAAGGAGGUGGAUAUUUCAAAGAAAUACCGCAGUAUUCGACCUAAGCCCAUGUUGGUUAUGGAGACAGUUCCCCAACUAGUUAGUUUACCUGCCAUCACUCCGGAUGGCCAAGAACAGGAGCUCAUACUUGGUCACCAGCUCCCCAACACUACCACAACAAAGACCCUGGACUGUCCGCCCCAAGCAGCGCCAGUAACCCUCCACCUGAGAGGCGGCUCUCACCCCCGACUGUUUAUAGGAAGCCGUCCGCUUCACCGAUGCCCGACCUGCAGCCGCUGUUUCCAGUUCAAACAUCACCUCCAGAGCCACAUGAACAGUCACACCAACAGUCGGCCCUACAUCUGCCCUGUGUGUCGCAAGGCCUACGCUCACUCAGGCAGCCUGAGCACCCACAUGAAGCUUCACCACUCCGAGGUACGACCACGUCGGUCUUUGAGCUGUGAGUUCUGUGAGAAGUCCUUCGGAUAUGUGGGGGUGUACUUCAGUCAUCUGAGGGAGGUCCACAAGGUGGUGCUGACGGUAGAGCCAUCAAUCAGCCAACAUGAGGACGACGUGUCUGUGGAGGGGGCCAACUCACCAGAUCCGGCUGAUGAACAGGAUCGUGAAGACCCUGUGGAGUUGCAGAUUAAAUGUGGCCGCUGCCAAGCUAUCACUCCCACCUUUGCAGACAUGAAGAUGCAUUUGCUUUAUGUGCAUGGGGAGGAGGUGCACAUUCGGCUACACAAUGGCCAGCCUCCACGGGGUGGCCGCGAGGCUGAGAAUGAACUGGUGAAGCACGCGGCGCACUACUGGCGCCAGCUCAACGAGAGGCGCAAUCUCGUCAAGUGUGGCAGCUGCGAUGAAGAAUUCUUUUCCUUCUCCAAGCUCAAGAGGCACAUCAUGUCCCACCACCGUGGAAGUGAGGGGGAGGACAGUGGGACGUUGUCAUCACCGGAGAGCAGUGUAGGGCUCGGUGUCCUGGCAGCGGGUGCAGCUUUUAACUGUGUGCUCUGCAGCGAGGUGUUGAACACUAAAGAAAUAGUUAUGGAGCACUGGAGGAGUCGCCACCACUGUGAGCAGCCUGGCCUGCUGUGGGACGCCCUGAGCUCCUACUCCGGCCAGGAAGAGGGGGAGGCAGACGGGGAUCUGAACACUCCCGCUCUGAGCCCACAUUAGCCAGCCUAGCGCUUGGACGGGCAUGGAGCCCUUCACCAAGGUUCCUCCUCCUCCUUGUACUCACUCAGUCCUAACAAUCAGCAGCACAGGGAUAGAGAGUUUCUCUUACGUUUUUUAGCACUAGUUUCAUCUUUCACCAGCUGAGGCAUUUGACUUGGUCCAAAAAAAGAAAAAAAGAAAAACAAAAUCAAAUCCACGGUGAAAAUUGAUCUUCGUGUUACAACUCUUAAGGGAUAUUCUCACUAGGUCAGAGAAUCCACUUUUAUAAACAGUAUAAUUUUUCAUAGUAUUUUGAUUGCACUGUUCUGUUCUUGGAUUGUUUUUGUUCUGAGGUAUGUAUUUAAAAUCCUGUUGGAGAUUAGAUGAUUAUUUUUUUCUACUGGUUAUUUAAAUGUUAUUAAGAGGGUAAUUUAUAACCUAACUGACAACAGUAUAUCUAGUAAAAGGUCGUUUCAUCCUUUAAUUGAUCAUUGAUCUAGCCAUGCAGAUUAUUUGGUGGUACAGGCUUCUUUUUGAGAUAGCUGAAAGUGGAUGUGGAUACAUUUAUCACCCUCAUUUUCCCUCUUCACUUUUCCUCUUUGUCAAAAAGUCAUUGCAGCUUUCUCAGCUAGAUCACUUUAUUAAAAACUCAUACUUGUACCAUUAACAUCCGUUUAUCUUGUUGCAGCUGGUUACACUAUUAGUGCUGUGAGAUGACAUGUAUCAACAGAAUUUUUCUAAGCGUCUCUCUAACCCACAUGGACGCCCAAACUUAGUUUCCUUUUAGAUGUGAAUACCACAAAGACGCUCCAUUCACCAAACCACCAAAUCUGCAUGGCUAGACACCACUACUUUGAAAGUGAGAAAAAUAUUUGUUAGUUAGAGUGGACUGAAUUGUUAAAAUGCUAAAAAAAAAAGAAAAGUAUAAGGUCUACUAUCACACUGGGGGGCAAUUUAUCCACAAGCCUUGGAUUACAACAGAUUAAAUAGAAAAUCGGUUUCUGCACAAUCCUUCGACGGGAUGUUUGUCAUGUAGUGGAGGAAGCAUCAAAAUGUUCAGCUAUGACUUGAACUUCCACCUCAUGGUCUUAUUAAGGGCAGGACAAGGGUCCCUCUUUUCAACAUGGGCCCACGAAGGAACACUUUCAUAACCAGCACCCAAGUGACAUCCUUGUUGCCUUUCUUGGAAAACAAAAAAAAAAGGAAGAAAAAGAAAUCGGUGUUCAUGCGUAACGUGGCUUAUCAUCGUCCUCUGUAGGCCGAGUUCUAUCUUCUUGACUUGUUGAUUAAUGCCUAUAUGUGUAUUCUGUGACAUGCCAAGGGUCUAUUCACACUAGUGAUUGUAGAAGUGAGUAUUGCAUUUUAGGCUUUUCUCAACAUGAAAAAAAAGAAAAGAAAAAUUGACAAAAUACCGUUUGUUGAGUUAGAGCAGAUGAAUGAAUACCUGUUGUCAACCAGCUCAUGUACGCACCUGUGGAACUGUGUGCACCCAGACUCUGACCAGAGUUGAUAUAAACUGUCGUCAAGUCCAGAAAAAUAUGCUAUUUUAUAUUCUAGAUUAAAACAGAGUUCUUUUAGUAUAUUUAUGCUCGUGAUUGGAACCAGCACUGAGACAUUUGUUACAUUUGCUUCUUAUGAGUUUUAUUAUUUUUGUGUGUGUGUUUCUUGGUCGGGACGUCCCGUUACUACAUGGCAGGUAGCUCUGUUAACAUUUUGUCUGUGUUUUAUUCAUAUGAAGAAAAAAAAAAGUCACAGGGUGAAGUGAAUGUACCUGAAUGUUUUAAAACCCCUACCAAAAGUAUAUAUAUAUAUAUAUAAACAUAUAUAUAGACUUAUUAUUUAGAUAGAUUAUAUAGAUAUAUUGAGAAAAAUUAUAUAUAAAUAUAUAUAUAUUUAGUAACUAGUGAAUCAGCCGCUUUGUUCUGUCACAGUGGAGGAGAGGAGCAAGAUGCAUAUAUAUAUAUUCUUUCAUUGCCAAACACUGGCAACAAAAGCCAUGCAGAGCUGUCCUUACGUGUCUGACACAAAACGCAGGGCUGUGAACGAAGGGCAACUCACCGACAUCCACGGCUGAUGCAGCAGCAGGAGGAGUCGUAGCGUUCAUUGGUGGGAUGCCCUUUUGUUCUCCAGCCCUCAACGCAAACCAGGAAGUGACAGGAUUAAGGCUCAGACUCUUCUUUUACUCAGCUACACGAGAAACACAAGACGACCGUCGCACAAGUUGAAAAAUAUAUAAAAAAAAAAAAAAAAAAAAAUAAGUAAAAAUACAGACCUAAUCCCACAGUAGGUGAUAUGAUGUGUUGACUGUGUCAAAAAUAAUAAAAGACUGAAAGUGUUUGUGCUCGUAACUGUUUAUGUAUCCGAUGAACCUGAUGUUUAUGAGAAUAAAAAAAUAUGCUUUGUUGAGGA